CUUUGAUCUGCCUGCAACAGUGUGGCUGACACAUUCACUGGUGCCAGGGGGGUCUCCAGGGCUGACAGACAUGACCACGUUCGACGACCUGCUAGAAGAAGCCGGAGCCUUCGGGCCCUUCCAGAAGACAAUCUUCCUGCUGUUGUGCAUCUGUUCGGCCAUGUUCUCCUACCUGUACGUGGGGAUCGUGUUUCUGGCCAUCACACCCGAGCACUGGUGCCGCAGCCCCGGGGCGUCUGAGCUGAGGGCCAGCUGCGGAUGGUCGCAGGAGCAGGAGCGCAACUACACGGUGCCGCCCGCUGACAGCAGCUGCAGCCGCUACGAUGUGCAGUGGGAGUGGACGGCAGCCGGCCGCUGCGACAGCCCCCUCUCCUUCCUGCCCAACGCCUCGACUGUGCUGCCCCUCGCCUCCUGCAGCGACGGCUGGGUGUUCGAGGAGGGCUCGCACCCCAGCAUCGUCACCGAGUUCGGACUUGUGUGUGCAAAUGCCUGGAAGGUGGAUCUAGCCCAAGCUUGCCUGAAUCUGGGAUUUGUGAUUGGAACAAUAUUCUUAGGUUAUGCAGCAGACAUGUAUGGUAGGAAGCUCAGCUUCAUGAUUUCUAACGUUGCGACCUCAGUGGCAGGAGUGGCCGUAGCUUUUGCUCCAAAUUACAUUUGGUUUAUCAUCUUCCGCACCCUGCAAGGACUAUUCAGCAAGGGAGGUUGGCUUGGUGCCUAUGUCUUGCUUUCUGAAGUGGUUGGACUGGAGCACAGACGAACAGUGGGGAUUAUAACCCAGAUGUGUUUCAGCUUUGGGAUGAUGCUCCUCUCUGUAAUCGCUUACUUGGUUCCCUCCUGGAGGAACCUGCAACUGGUGACCACUGUCCCGAACUUCGUAUUCCUGGUCUACUAUUGGCUGCUGCCAGAGUCUCCACGGUGGUUGCUGUCGAGGAAGAGGAGAGAAGAGGCUGUCAGUAUUCUGCAGAAGAUUGCGAAGAAGAACAACAAGAGCUUCUCGACGAAUAUUGAGGCAGUCCAGAUCGACAAUUCCGAGGAUGAGUUAAGGAGUCCCUCGAUCACAGACCUGGUGAGAACGCCUCAGAUAAGGAAGCAUACUCUGAUCCUGAUGUACAACUGGUUUGUCAGUGCCAUAGUGUACCUCGGCCUGGUCUUGCGUUUGGGCAUUAUGGGUGGGAACAUCUACCUCAACUUCUUCAUCUCGGGAGUUAUCGAGAUCCCUGCAGCCGUCCUCGUCCUGCUGGUCAUCGAGCGAGUGGGCCGUCGCUGGCCCUUUGCAGCGGGCAACCUGUUGGCGGGGGUCACCUGCCUGGUGACCGUCCUCAUCCCUGAUGAUUUCUUCUGGCUGAAAACAAUUAUCACAUCUUUGGGCAAACUAGGAAUUACGAUAGCCUUUUUAAUGGUCUGUUUUGUAAAUACUGAAUUGUACCCAACAUUUUUAAGAAACUUUGCUGUUUCGAUAUGUUCAGCAAUGUGUGACGUGGGAGGGAUAGUGGCUCCCUUUAUCGUGUACAGGCUAGCAGCGCUGUGGACAGACCUGCCUCUUCUGGUUUUCGGGGUGAUCGCUCUGACCGCUGGAGGCCUUGUCUUGUGUUUACCCGAAACCAAGGGGAUCAGAUUACCGGAGAGUAUCGAAGAUGCAGAAAACAUGGGACGGAAGCCGGAAGCUGUCCCUGCACGAAGCUAUGAGAUGGUGGCUCCAUAUUCUUCAGUAGAAACAAGCAACGAAAAGGAACCUGCCUCAGAGAAAAUCAUCAUAUGACGAGAUUAAAUCAUUCAAAACAAACUCCGAGUAAAUCUAAUCAUCAAUUAUAUUUUAUGGCAUAUCCGCAAAGAUUAGCAGUGACACGCACUUUUAAUAUCACUCAAACUUCAGAUUUUUUGUAAUCAGAUAUGUUGGUGAUUCACUAUUUAUGCCACAUUUGUCUGUAAGGAUUAUAAAAAUGAAGCUAUGAACGUUACUCUUUGUGUCUGCAAGUUUAGUUUUGAGAUGCAACUUGGAAAAAGGCCCUUUGGCCCAUUGAGUUCAUGGCGACCAUCAAUCAUCCAUUCACAUUAGAUUUAUGUAUUCCCACUUUCUCAUCCACUCCCUGCAAUUUACAGAGACGCACAUGUUUUGGGAUGUGGGAGGAAACUGGAGCACCCUGAGAAAACCCACGCGGUCAUAGGGAGAAUGAACAAACCCCACAGAGACAGCACCCCAGGUCAGGAUCGUACCCGAGUCUUUGGUGCUGUGAGGCACCAGCUCCACCUGCUGCCACGCCCAUUCGCCAGAUCACCCUUCUCAGUGUCCAACAAGCUUCCAACACUGGAGACAUCCUCCCAUGGGCUGGGCGGUUCCUCUCUUCUGUUCCUGAUUCCCUCAUCCCAUCUCAUUCCACUUUCUAUUGUAAACUGCAACUGGUACAAUCUUGGUGCUUUACCUCUUCCCUUCCCACCGUAUGGGGACCCAGUCUAUUCAGCUGCUGGAGCAGUUCACCUGUACUUCAAAGUUAUUGAAUAAUGAAAGGCCUGGAUAGAGUGGAUGUGGAGAGGAUGCUUCUAGUAGUGUAUGAGUCUAGAUCCAGAGGAUGCAGCCUCAGAAUAAAAGGACAUACCUUUAGGAAGGAGAUGAGGAAGUAUUUCAUACGGUCAAAUGAUGGUGAAUCUGGGGAAUUCAUUGCCACCGACAGCAGUGGAGGCCAAGUUAUUGGGUAAUUUUAAAGUGGAAGUUGAUUGGUUCUUGUUCAGUACGGGAGUCAAAGGUUACACGGAGAAGGCGGGGUUGAGAGGGAAAAAUAGAUCAGACACGAUCGAAUGGCAGAGCAGACUCGAUGGGCGGAAUGGCCUAAUUCUGCUCCUAUGUCUUCUGACCUUAUGGUUUUAGGCAGAAACAAGGAAUUGCAUGCACUGGUUUACAAAAAAAACCCCACAAAAUGCUUGAGUAACUGAGCGGGUCAGGCAGCAUCUCUGGAGAACAUGGAUAGGUAGCAUUUGGGGUUGGGACCCUUCUGAAGAAUGAGACUGAAGAGGGGUCCCGACCCAAAUGUUCUCCAGAGAUGCUGCCUGACCCGCUGAGUCUUGUUUUCUAAACUAGCAUCUGCAGCCUUGUGUACAGUAUCGGGUGUUUGCAGUGUGCUACAUGCUGGAGAAACAAGAUGUGGAUUUGGGUGAUCACUUUGCAAAUAAUUUGUCACUACACAAGGGUGAUGUAAAAUUUACCCACCGCUGCCCCUUUCAUUCCCCAUCCCGCCCCCAACUCUGACCUAUCAGGCUGUUGCUUUUACAGUUGUGUCACAGUGAGGCCCAACACAAGGUUGAGGAACAGACUAAAUGCUGAAUUGUACAGCUCACUUUCACCGUAUCAGAACUGGCUUGGUUUGCUUGUGAGGCUACCACGUGUGAUGUUGGCUCAGUUUUCUCCCCUCUCUCUCCAUACAAGACAUGGUGUAGUGGCACAGCUGGUAGUGCUGCUGCUUCACAGCGCCAGACACACGCCUGACCAUGGAUGCUGUCUGUGUGGAGUUCUCCCGGUGGCCACGCGAGUUUCCUCCAGGUGCUCUGUUUCUUUCCAAAAUCCCCAAAAUGUCUGGGUUUGUAGUUUAAUUAGUCUCUGUAAAUUGCCCCUAGUGUGUAGGGAGUGGAUGAGAAAAUGGAAUAACACAGAACGUGUGAACGAGUCGAGGUGAAUUUAAUGGACUGAAGGGCAUGUUUCCAUGUUGUAUCUUUAAACUAAACUAAAUCAUGACCUAUUGUUUGCUACACAUCAUAUUCUCCAAAUAACGUUACCAACUCAUCGCCAUGAGCAACUACUGGCAUCGUGCUGGGUCAGGCUGACCCCUUCCUCAUCGAUCCAGUGCCACCAGGACCCUGGGCCUCAACGUAAAAAACAGACAAAUGCCAUCUUCUUGGGCCAAGAUCGGGCUUUUCAGAGACUUGGAAGUUGAACGGUGGCAUCGUAACGUGGCGACCCUCUGCAUGUUGUUCCAGAAGAGGGUCUAUUGUAUUCAUGUAUGGGGUGAUUUGACUGGAUCGCAGCAGAACAAGCUUUUCAUUAGAUACUCUAUCUGUACACAGGACAAUAAAUAAACCAAGCUGG